AUAGUGUUAAAGUUUGAUUUUUGUUAGUGGGCUUUAUUCCAUUUAGUUGAUUGGGAAUUCACAUGAAGUGAGUUUUGGAUGGUUUGUAAAAUUCUCAAACAAAAAAAUUUUCUUUUUUAAAUCUUGUGAAUAGAUUUAAAAGGAAAAAAAAAAAGGAAGUGGGUUAUAGGAGGGGGUUGAAAUGGAUAUGAGUGAUGAAGAUGGGUCAAAAGGUGGUAUGUGGGCUUUGGAACAGAAGAUUGACCAACCUAUGGAUGAAGAGGCUGGUAGGCUUAAAAAUAUGUAUAGAGAAAAGACAUUCUCUUCAAUUUUGCUCCUGCGACUUGCGUUUCAGAGUCUUGGUGUUGUCUAUGGAGAUUUGGGUACUUCUCCUUUGUAUGUAUUUUACAAUACUUUUCCUAAAGGGGUCGACGAUACUGAAGACAUUGUCGGUGCACUUUCCUUAAUCAUUUACUCUCUUACUCUAAUACCACUCAUCAAAUAUGUUUUCAUUGUUUGUCGCGCAAAUGACAAUGGUCAAGGUGGAACUUUUGCUCUUUACUCACUUCUGUGUCGACACGCAAAAGUUAAUACUAUUCCUAAUCAACAUCGAACUGACGAGGAAUUGACAACUUAUAGUCGCAGCAUAAUCCGUGAGAGAUCGUUUGCUGCAAAAACCAGGAAAUGGUUGGAAGGACAUGCGUUUAAAAAGAAUUCACUUCUUCUACUUGUCCUAGUUGGUACUUGCAUGGCUGUUGGAGAUGGAAUUCUUACUCCAGCUAUUUCAGUUUUAUCAGCUUCUGGUGGCAUCAAGAUCGACCACCCUAAGAUGAGUAACGAUGUUGUUAUAGUUGUUGCAGUUAUUAUACUGGUAGGUUUGUUUAGUCUACAACACUAUGGUGUUGACAAAGUUGGAUGGCUCUUUGCUCCGAUCGUCUUGCUUUGGUUUCUUUUAAUUGGAGGAAUUGGGAUUAUCAAUAUCUGCAAGCAUGACAGAGGGGUGUUGCGGGCGUUUUCACCGGUAUAUAUAUUCCUCUACUUUAAAAGAAGAGGAAAAGAUGGUUGGACAUCACUCGGAGGGAUCAUGCUUAGUAUAACUGGGACUGAGGCACUUUUUGCUGAUCUUGCCCAUUUUCCAGUCUCGGCAAUCCAGCUUGCUUUUACAGUUAUUGUAUUUCCUUGCCUUCUUCUAGCCUAUUCCGGACAAGCAGCCUACCUCAUGAAGCACAAGGAGCAUGCACAUGAUGCUUUUUAUCGUUCUAUCCCAGAUGGUGUAUACUGGCCUAUGUUUAUUAUUGCGACACUAGCUGCUAUUGUCGCAAGUCAGGCAACCAUUUCUGCUACAUUUUCAAUAAUUAAGCAGGCAAAUGCACUUGGUUGUUUUCCAAGAGUUAAGGUCAUUCAUACAUCAAGUAAAUUUCUUGGGCAGAUAUACAUUCCUGAUAUCAAUUGGAUCCUUAUGGUUCUUUGCAUCAUUGUAACCGCUGCAUUCAAAAAUCAGAGUCAAAUUGGCAAUGCUUAUGGGACGGCAGUUGUCAUAGUCAUGCUUGUAACCACUUUUCUCAUGAUAUUGAUCAUGUUAUUAGUCUGGCGCUGUCACUGGAUUCUUGUCUUAAUCUUUGCUGCAUUAUCUCUAGUAGUUGAAUGCACUUAUUUCUCAGCUGUCCUGUUUAAAGUCGAUCAAGGUGGAUGGGUCCCACUUGUCAUCGCGGCAGUUUUCCUUUUCAUUAUGUACGUUUGGCAUUAUGGUACGGUGAAAAGAUACGAGUUUGAGAUGCAUAGUAAGAUCUCGAUGGCAUGGAUUCUUGGUCUUGGUCCCAGUUUAGGGCUUGUUCGGGUCCCCGGAAUAGGACUAGUGUACACUGAACUUGCAAGCGGGGUUCCACAUAUAUUCUCCCAUUUCAUUACGAAUCUACCUGCCAUCCAUUCAGUAGUUGUUUUUGUAUGUGUUAAGUACCUUCCUGUUUACACAGUCCCUGAAGAUGAAAGAUUUCUGGUAAAAAGAAUUGGGCCAAAGAAUUUUCACAUGUUUAGGUGUGUUGCAAGGUAUGGGUAUAAAGAUCUGCACAAGAAAGAUGACGGAUUUGAAAAGAAACUCUUUGAUAAUCUUUUUAUGUUUGUAAGACUCGAGUCAAUGAUGGAAGGAGGAUCUGAUUCAGAUGAUUACAGCGUAUAUGGUCAGCAAAAUUCUCGCUCCAAAGAUUUCUUGCUGCCUAAUAGUUCCAACAACAAUACGUUUUCUUCAGUUGUUGACUUAACGGUUUCGUCUGGUGACUCCAUAGUUCCUGCUAGAUCACCAUUGCAGGUUAUCAAUUCAGGGAUGUCAUCUGGGCAGGUAAGUAGUCAUACAGAGGUUGAUGAAAUGGAGUUUUUAACGACCUGUAGAGAUGCAGGGGUGGUGCACAUUAUGGGGAAUACAGUAGUGAGAGCAAGGAGAGAUUCAGCAUUUUAUAAGAAAAUUAGUAUAGAUUACGUGUAUGCGUUUUUGAGGAAGAUUUGCAGGGAAAAUAGUGUGAUCUUUAAUGUUCCCCAUGAGAGCCUUUUGAAUGUUGGGCAGGUGUUUUAUGUGUAAAUCAUAGUAUUGGAUUCGGAUUAUCAAUGUUUAUAGUUCGUUCAUGUCACCAGUCGAUGACUGUGCAUGAUCAUUAGUCUCUUUUUUUUCGCUUCUCAUUUUUAUUUAUUUUUACAUCUGAACGAAUGUAAAGAACUAGCAUAUUAGAUCUCAUACCGAUAGGGACAUAAGGUCAAGUCGUCAUAAUUCGUACCAUGUGAAUAGAAGGUGAGAAUAAGUCGAGACUAAAAAGUUUAUGACACUCCCUAAUGAAUAAAGUGUAAAAAGUUUGAGCA